AUGAGAGGUCUAUGUAGUGUAAAUUCAACUGUAUGGAGUGCUUGUAGUAGAAUUUGCGAUGGUGGCACGAGGGAGAGAACAAAUUUGUGUUUUAUGAACAAUAGACGAGCACCAUGUAAAUCCUGCAACAUUCAAGAUAACGAAGUGGAGAAAUGUAACAUAUGGCCAUGUCCAAAAUGUCGUGUAGAAGUUGAUGUUGGUAUUUUACUGGAUUCAUCUUCAAGUAUCAAAGAAUGGACUGUAGUUGUGAAUGCCACUUCCGAAUUUGUUUCUGUCUUGAAAAAUCAAAAUGUUUCAGUCUUGUUUGGUGUUGUUCUGUAUGCAAAUAGACCACAAAUAUUUCGACGUUUUAAUCAGCCUGUUACUAUCGAAGAUAUCCGUCGAUUGGCCCAUAUAUCAGGUGGCACACAAACAGAUCUAGGUUUGAUCACAAUGAAGCAAGAUAUAUUCAAAGAGAAAAAUGGAGAUCGAAAAAGGGUAAAAAAUGUGUGUGUGGUAUUUACAGAUGGUGAAUCAAAUGAUAGAAAAGCAACUGUGAGUGCGGCUAGUAGUCUGAAGGCAGAGAAUGUUGAAAUCUAUACAGUGGGUGUUGAAAAAGCGAACAUGGAAGAAUUAGAAGCAAUAUCUACUAGUAAGAAACAUGUGUUUUUCACUCAUGAAAUUCGAGAUUUAACUCAAGCAUUGUAUGGAACGUUAAAAGCCAUAUGUCCAGAUGCAUAG